GGUUCAGGUUCGGUUCAGAUCCUAAAACGAACAUUGUGGAUAGAACGAGAGGGCUCUAAAUUAGCGUUUAGAAUGAGUGAUUUACCACCUGGAUGGGAAGAGAAAAAAUCUAAGUCUACUGGAAAGACCUACUACUUCAACAGAGGAACAAACGAAAGUCAGUGGGAGAAGCCAGUAGAAAGAGCGAGUAAUCAAGUUCGCGCUUCGCACCUUCUUGUUAAACACACGGAGUCUAGAAGGCCGUCUUCUUGGAAGCAAGAAAGGAUAACGCGCUCUAAAGACGAAGCUUUAGAAAUAAUUAAAGAUUAUCGUAAACGGAUUACAUCAGGAGAAACCACUCUUAAGGAGCUAGCAAGCACAGAGAGUGAUUGUAGUAGUGCCAGAAAGGAAGGAGAUUUGGGAUUUUUUGGACCAGGACAAAUGCAAAAACCAUUCGAGGAAGCAACGUUUGCCCUAGAAAUCAAUGAACUGAGUGAACCAGUUUUCACUGACUCAGGUAUUCACUUGAUUCUCAGGACGGGAUAAAGCAAUCACCAAGUCCAAGAACAAAGUUCAUAUUUAAAUAAUCAUGUAGACUUGCUAAUAUUACAAGAAAAUCACUUAACUUUGAAGCUUUCAUUUGGCUACUUUUACCUUACAUCAUAAGUAUUGGUUAAAGUUGUGUAUGAACUAAAACACAAACAACCAGUUUGGAAAUCUGCAGUCUAGAUGAAUAAAAAAGGUAACCAUAACAUCCACAGGGAUGAAAAUAUUUUGUACAUCAUGUUUAAGGAUAGCUCUCUUUUCUAAAACACAAUUUGAUUGUUGAACUUAACAUGUCAAAAUGAUCACUUCUUCAAAGUAUUUCUAGCUUUCAUUAUUAUGUUCCAGAAGUGAUCAUCCUAUAAUUUUCCUUUUCACAAGGCAAAAAUAUAAUAAGUAAACUUCCAUUAAAUUCUAGGUUGCUUUAUACCAGUCCAUCAGAUAUAUUGAGGUUUUAUGCUUACCAGUUCCCACAGUAGUGUGUAAUUUCUGACAGUGGGCUUUUCAAACAAGUUUUGUCACCAAAUUCAACCUAAUAAUAACAGCUAAUCAGCACUUGGGUAGAUAUCAUGCUAAGCCAGUUGAAACUGAUGGUAAAACCAGGCAAAAUGUGUCUAGUGGUGAUUGGUUUUAGUUUUGUAAUGGAUUAGUAAUGUGUAUUAUCUAAGUUUUCUUCACAAAUUAUGGAGCAACAUAAACCAAAGGCAUGAUGAUCCUACAUAACUUUUGACACCCAAUGGGCAAUUUUUUUAUUGAUCUCCUUGUUGUGACUAACUAACACUGUGACUACCAGUAACUAAUUGAUAUUAAGCUGAUAAAGUAAAUGAGAGGCAGAAGAAGUGUAGAAUCUUUAUUAUUAGGAGGAUGAAUUAAAUGAGCUUAAAAUUACUUCUAGGUGUCAAUGAAGUUUAUAAUAAAAACUACAGUUAUUUACAUCAAA